GGAGCGCGCGCUCGUAUGUAAAUGAGCGGGCGUGAGGUCAGAGGCAGAUGGAAAAGGGAACAGAAGGAAUGGCCGCCGCGGCUCCCGCUCCUCCUGCCGCCGCCUCCCAGUGCCGGAGCCCCCGCUGCACGGCGGAGCGAAGGGGAGUCCGCCGAGAACUCGACUCCUGGCGGCACCGGCUCAUGCACUGUGUGGGUUUUGAAAGUAUUUUAGAAGGGCUUUAUGGACCAAGGCUACGAAGAGACCUCAGUUUAUUUGAAGACUGUGAGCCAGAAGAGCUAACUGACUGGUCUAUGGAUGAGAAAUGUUCCUUUUGUAAUUUACACAAAGAAACAGCCAGUGAUCGUGCAUCAGUUUUCGGUUCUUCACAGUCAACGCCUACAGAGGAACUGUCAUCUCAGGGCCAGUCCAACACUGAUAAGAUUGAAUGCCAAGCAGAAAACUAUCUAAAUGCACUCUUUCGAAAGAAAGAUCUUCCUCAGAACUGUGAUCCUAACAUUCCCCUAGUUGCUCAGGAAUUAAUGAAAAAAAUGAUCCGUCAGUUUGCGAUUGAAUACAUUUCAAAAAGUAGCAAAAUUCAAGAGAACAGAAAUGGUUCAUCAUUUGAACCAAGUCUGAUGUGUAAAAGUAUCCAAAUGAACCAAACGGAAAACUCCCUUCAGGAAGAACAGGAUAGCCCUCUAGACCUCACUGUGAAUCGGACUCAAGAACAGAAUACUCAGCAAGGGGAUGGAGUGCUAGAUCUCUCUACAAAGAAAAGCGCAAGGUUGGAAGAACCAAAAUAUGAUCCCUUGUGUUCUGAAAACUCAGUGUCUGGUUCAAGCUCAACAGCUGAUGCAAAUUCAGAGGAAACAGCUAAUUUGGAAAAAGGAAAAUCAACAUUAAACAAAGUUUUGGAGUCUUUUUGUGCAUAUCACUGGCAACAGACUUUGGCUAUGUUAAAAUUCCUAUUACAGGAGGAAAAUGUUCCUAUAGUUUGCAGUUGCAAGCAAACACAUUUGGUCCACUCUGAAACUCCCAGUUCCCUUACUGAAGAGGAUGUUCACGUUCCAUUUUGCACUUGCAAUGGACACAUGCUGACAAAAAGGUGCUGUUUACAAAAUCAAAGGCCAAACACUUGUUUACCAUCUCUGUCUGUUUGUAUUAAAGAUUUCCAUUCUUUGUCAUGCCAAGCUGUAGCAAUUGGAUGUAUUAAGACAAUGGUGAACAAAGCAUGUAGUUCUCCUAAGUAUUGUGCUGACCAGUUGCAAAAUUAUAACAGGCAUUCUGUGAAAGCAGCAGCAUGUACAUAUUCAGCUAAGGACUGUGACCUCUUAAGCAGCAUUAAAAAUUCAAACAGAUCCCGCAGUCCAUCGCCACCUCCACUAUCACCUGUACACAGUAAAGAAUUUGAAUUGUCAGAAGGAAUGGUUAUGGACUUUCCAACUUUAGACAACAACAAGCUUGAAAUUUCCAUCAAUCAGCCUCCAUCCCUCUUGCCAGCUGAAGGAAGCAAGGGAGAGUUUGAGUAUGAGGGUAAAACAUGCAAAGGAAAAGAGGUUGAUUAUUCAGAUGGAGCACUGGGAUCAGCAGACCAGGAAAGCAGUGAUGAUUAUAUGAACUCUGAGAAAGGUGAACAUUCUGCCAUUUUUCAAGAUUUAAUGGAUCGCAUUAAUGAGAAGUUGAAAUCAAUAGACACUACAGAUCUAGCCACAAAUCUUGUAAAACUUUCUAGCAGUGACAGGGCACCAGAAAAUGAUGUCAAAUUAGGAGACUUCAUAACUUCUCUUUUGCAUAAUGCUAAGGCAAGUGAUUACAGCUUUAUGGAAUUACUUCGCCAGCAUGAUAAAGAAGUGGAAAAUAAAAUUAUUCAGACAAGAUUUCGCAAGCGUCAGGAAACUUUAUUUGCAACGUAUAAUUCUCCUGACUCACCAGUCAUUCGACGACAGUCCUUGCAAAUCAAGAGGGAGCUUGCAAGCCUUGAUGAAACUCUUGUACGAAAAAAGUCAAUUUCUGAGAGAAAUGCAAAGAAAUCUACAAAAAAAAUUGAUAAAAUGCAUCCAAAUAAAAGACAUACUUUUACUGUAAUAGAUGAGACUUUGCAACAUCUUGAAAGUAAUCCAUGUGUGAACUGCCAAACCAAACCAAUGUGCUUUCCAGUACACCAAACAGAGUCUUUCAAUCUACCUCUUACUAAUUUUCAGACCAGCUCCAGCUUUUUAGUUCUUUCAGAAAAUAGUGCUAUUGCAGCCAGCCAGGCAAAACUCCCAAAUACACAAGGAGAUUGUGCAACCUUAAAAGAGACUGGUGCAAUUCCUCUGAAGGAUGAGAGUAAUGAAAUCUUGGGUAGAACUAAACGUAACAUUGUGCCUCCUGGGUGGUACUCUGUGUAUGUAACAAACAAUAUCAUGUUUAGAAAGUCAUCCAGCACAAGAAAGUCCUUGAAAAGUUUGGAAAAGAUGAGAAUAAAUAAAAAUCUUCAUGCUGAAAGAUGCAGUGACAUAAAUAUAAGCAAAAUUGUGAGAGACACAAAUCUGCAAGUUGUUGUGGAGCGUUUAGAAGAUACAAUAAGCUUAUCCAGAAAGACUAGCAACUCAUUGUUGGAUAGUUACAAAAUAAGCCAAAAUUUAAAAGAUAAUGCUUAUGAACAGGUUAUGAACCCAGCUACUAGAAGGGGCUUACCUUUCACUCUGAGUGAAAUGGGAUGCACAGGACAAACCUUCCUUCCACAUUCACAUGUGCCAAGCAGCAGUAAAAUCAAAGCAAUUUGUGUUGCAUCAAACACACAAGAAACUGUUAUAGAUCAAGAAAUUAAUGACAGCCUUUUGAAAUCUCUGGCCUUUAAUUCAAGCAGUUCAGCUUCCAGUAAUGGGGACUUGCAUGUAACUUCUGAAGCCGGGGAGAUCCCAUCUCCCUUAAACUACUCUAGUCCUAUUAAGCUUAUGUUUGUCUCAGAAGUUAACAGUCAUGAAGGAGUCAAAUACGCAUUGACAUCUGCAGCUGCAUCUUCUAAGGGAAGCACAGAUCUUUGUUUGUUUCAGGGGCACACAAAUGCUUUGUUAGAUAAACAGGCCACAGGUGACCUUUCUCAUGCAGUCUGUGUCAAGGGUUGUGAUUGCAGUGAAAAUGAUACUAAAGAGAGGUCAAGCUGUGUUUAUGCAGAAGCUGCUACAAGCUCUUGUCCAGUUGGUCAAAUUAACAUAAAUGACUCCAAAAAAAAUGAUGAAGUUGUGGAGAAAUCAAGCAGUAGCAGUGAAUUAGUUUUCAAAAGAAAACCUGGUAGACCAAAGAAAAUAGGUCCUCAGGUAGUUAAGCAGGUUAAGAGACCCAUUGGACGGCCUCCUAAACCAAAAGUAGACAUGAGUGGAAGCACAAAACCUAGACCUGAACUUAGCUGUGGUGGUAAAAGCAUCAAGUCUGAUGCAGCAGCAAUGGAAGAAAUUAACAGCAACAAAAAUAUUACUGUGACAGUUGUUUUUGGAAGGUCAAGAAGAACUAAGAGACAUGUUUCUGAAGGUAAUCUAAAUCUCAUCAGCAUUCUGCCCACACAACAUAUUGAUUCUAAUUUUGCCAAUGAUCCCAGCAAAACAAGGCACAGUGUGGAAACUGGAAAUGCUUUAACUGAAACAGUAAAAGCCUUCCAGAAUCCUUCUGCUGAAAAGGAGGUCUCUGGUUAUGACUAUGUCAGGCCUAUCAAGGGCAAUCUGGCAUCAGCACAUCCUUGCAGCAAUGUUAUACGGCAGAUUAAGAAACCAUUAACCACUGUUCGAAAACCUGGCAGGCCAGCAAAAGUAAAAAUUUCCGGCAUAUCGGUGACUGUCAGCAGACUUUCACCUCAGGAAAGAAAAGUGAGCAUCAGCAAUGGCUUGCCUCCUUUACAACAGCAGAAUGUGUUAGAAAAAAACAUACCACAGGAAAGAAAAAAUCAACUGUGCAAUAAUAUGGGUCAAGUAAAGAAUAUGCAGAAAGAUUCUAGAGAGGAUGGGUCACACAAUGUUACUACAACAGUGUCAAGAAAACGUGAAAUUCCUUCAAGACACUCUGCUAGAGACAGAAAACCUUCACUGCAUUUUUUGCAUUCAUUAGCAUCUUCUAGUCCAUUUACUUGUAGAAGUGCCUUACUACAUAAAUCUUACAAACUCCAUUUGAAAAAAGCUAAAGAGCGAAAGGAAAAACUUACACAAUCCAAUCAGUGCACAGCAUCCAGAGAUACCUCAGAACAGAGAAAUCCAGGAAAUGCUAAAAAGGACCUAAAGGAUGGUGGAUUCGGGCCCAUUAAUGAGGUAUCAUCAGAUCCCAUUUUUUCAUCAAAUCCCUCUCUCAGGUGGUGGCCUACUUCCACUUCAAGUGACACCUUGUUGGAAGAACUAAACAAUAGAUUUGAACAGAUGACUAAUACCUGGUUGAGAGUGGGGGGAAGUGAGUUUGACAAACGUGUAUGUGAAAAAAGGGAUCCCAUUGAACAAGACUGUAAUACUGAAAUGUCAGACCCUUUAGACUCCUGCCUUGUAGGACUUGAAACAUCACCUAUAAAAAUGCUGUUCCAGAAAAAGUGUAAUAUGAAUGAACUCUGCACCUGGUUUAUGCAAACUACAGAAACACAGUCUCUCUCUCUUGUGAGAAAGGCAAAUGCUCGCAAUCCCUUAGAGGUAGUUAGUACUAAAGAGAUAAAGAUGGAAACUAAACAAUCUGAUCCUAGCACUUGCCCUUUCAGAAAGCACUUUAAAAAGUUUGCACUAUCCUCCCCUUCAAAACCAGCAGGGAAAUUGCAAAUGUUACAUAACAUGGUGAGGUCUCCAGUCUUAAGCAUGAAAAAUAAUUUCACUUUAGCCAGAUUAAAAAGAAAUGAAUUUAAGAAGUUGCAGCGUGAUAGGUGGGGACAAACAAAAAAGCUCUAUAAUCAGGCUCCUGGAGGCUGGAAAUCAAAAAAGAAAAAUCUGCAGUUAUUUUGCCAAAGCCAAUUGUUUAAGAGUACAAGUGGGGAAACCAGUGAUGAAACACCCAAGCUGCAGGAGAAAGAUACAGUAGAAAUCCAGCCCGCUCAGACUUUGGUAGAGUCUCAGAAUAGCCUCUUGCCAACUGAAAAUGAAACCAGAGAUGCAUUUGUUGAACAGAUGAUGGGAUCGUCUGACUUUAACCCACAUCCUGGUUUAGCAAAUAUACUUAAGUCACAUUCAGAGGCAAAUGGAACAAUUCGUUGCCAGCAAAAUGUUAGAAAAGAACAAAGCCAAGAUAAACUGUUUCAAAAUACUUGGAAAGCCAAAACCUUUAAAGACUGUAGGAUAUUUCUGAGAAAAAUCAACCAUAUUGAGCAGCACAGUUCAUUAAAGUUAAAUAAUGUCAUUUACUCUCCUGAAGCUGUCGACAGUAAAAGCACUCAGGCCUAUAUGGAAGAAAAAAGACAUCCUCUUUUAAGGUCCCAUUCUACUAAACAAAAUACAUUAAAGAAACAAGAAAAUGAAGUGGAAACAUCUAAAGGAUCUAAUUCUUCUAAAGUGAUUGAAAAGCUGGAUGGCCAGUUUCACAGCAGAAAAUUAAGUAGUGGUCUAAACCAGGACGAUAAUCCUGCUGGUAGUUCUGAAGGUCUUACUAGAAUAAACAAAAGGAAAAGUCCACAAUGGGAGACCACUGAUACAAAUUUAAGAAAAAGGCAUAAGAGACAAUCAUGCAGUAGUGGACAAAUGGCACCUUAUUACCCAAAGUACCAAGUAGGUAAGUUCUUGUUCCCCACUUCAUCUUUAAAUUGAAAUCCUAAAGAAUUGGAGAAGUCAAGCAACUAAGCACUUUUUUGUUUAUUGCAUGUUACUCAUUUUAAUUUCAGACAAGUCAUGAAAUCAAACAUUGCAUAACAUCAGAAUAAUUCAGAAAGUGCAAUUUUAAAAUGUUUAUAAACUUUUGCACCACUCUUUCAGCUCUGAUAAGCUAACCAAUAUAGUUUAGACAGACAAGAAGUUCUGACAUUCUGUAGUCAGUCACAACUAGCUAUUGACUUCAAAAGGAACAGAAUUUCAUUCCAUUGUGUAGUUUCUCUCAUAGUGUGAGGAGGAGUAAGCUAUAAAAUAAAGCAUAAAUUCAAUGCAUUAGCAUAUAGCUGGUUUUUAAAAAAUUCUCAUUGGAUGAUUACUGUUACAAAUCAGUCAUAGUUUUGUAAUUUUACAGUAAAAGAUGGUAUUUUGUACUUCUGAAAAUUAUUUAGUCAGAGACCCAUUUUCGUAUCCUUUCCAUGCCAAGUGAAAUCUGCUGACUCUAAGGGGUUUGCACAGUGAAUCCUUACACAACAAUUUAAAAUGCAAAAUUAUUUUUCACAAGAACAGUAUACAGUUACUCUGCUAAAUACUUGGCUUGGAAUCUUUUAGCUAGUGUGAAAUUAAAUCAUUUUUUAAAGAUAGGUAUUUAUAAAUACAUUGUAAUACAACUGUGAUCUCAAAAAGGCCAUUAUAUUACUUAGAAAGAGAGUACACUUGUGUAAUUAUUUCUUCUGUUGGGUGAAGAGAUAUCCUUAAACAGAAGUCUUAACUAAUUUCAACAAAAUUGCUAAGGUGUGAAAUCCUUGCCAAGUAAAACACAAGUCCUGCAAUGUGAUUUAAGUUACUGCCUUUGUAGAAACAAUAUUGUAUUAGCUAAUCUGAUACUGGCCAAAUAUGAAAACCUUAUUCAAAAUAUCAGGUCAAAACUUUAGGUCCUCUUUUGUAUUCUGUCUUUUAGAAAAGGAUCUCUGAUAAUAAAUGGAAAGGUUAAUUUAAGUUGUAAUAUAAACAAUAUAAUGGCUCUUGUAUGCUUUAUUUCUUUUGUACUUCAUGUGAUAUAUAGAAUUCUUCAUAUUAAGCUCAUUCAGUAUAAACCUGCUUUUUCCAAAGUACAGCAUUUUUUUAUCUGCGGACUGCUCUUUUGUAUUUUGAUUCAUUGAUCUGUGGCCAAGCUCAACAUAAAUAAUUUGUUUUAAGAAGUUCAAACUUUGACACAAAAUUGCUGUUGAAAAAAAACCAGGAAAGGAUAGAAUAUACCCAUUUCUAUAUUACAAAUGAAGAAAGAGCUCUCUCAUACUUGUAACUCGUCGAGAAAAUGUUACAUUCCAAUUAUAUUUAUCUGUAAAUGUUCUGUUUCUAUGGUAAUGCAAGACCUAUUACUGUGAUACGGUCUCAUGUUAGUUUUAAUUGGGACUCAAUUUUAUCUACCUGAUAACUUUCAUCCUUUAGUUUUGGAUUUUCAGGAAAUCUGAUAACUAUUUUGAUAUUUUACAUUACUUCAUUUACAGUUUUUGUUGUUUUCCCUUUUACUCAUGGUUUCUCAUAUCAGUCAUUGUCUUCAGAAAAGCUAUGAUAGGAAAUUAAUUGAUAAAGGAAAUGUUAAAAGACAAAGAAUGAUGAUUCUGGAAUUGUCUCCACACUUGUAACCCCAGAUCUUUCCUAGGGGUACUAUUGCACUAUCAGAGGAUUGUCUGAUAUUGGAAGGAUGUCUUGUUUUGCUGUGUUGAUUCAACAUUGUGUACUCUCUGCACCAGCCAAGGAAAUCAUACAAAUAUUUUUAGUCUAAUACAGCUAUUCCCUAAAAAGAAGCAACAUGAUUUCUAGCUGUGCAUGCAUGUGACUUCAAACAUAAUUCCUGCGUCUGGGAGUUAAAUGCACAUGAAAACAUCAUGUUUCGUUCAUGUGUUCUUUGGACUGUAUUUUUGUUUAUGUGAUAUCAUAAACUAUAUCAUUGUUCUGUUGUCAUGCUUGAAAUGUUGCUAUAGACACAUUUAUGGUCAGUAUUUGAAGUUUUUCUUAAACUUUUGUGGAUCUUGGGGUCUUACCAAAUGUUCUUAAAGAGAGAGAUAUGAUGCUGUUUUAUUAUGAAACAUUGUGGCAGGUGGGCAGAAUGUUGUCACCAAAUUUUUGAUGUACUCUUGGUUUUUCCAUUAGCAUGUGCAAGCAGGAAUAAACAAUUGAAUUCUUACAGCUCAAGGUAGUGUCCAACAUCCAGAACUAGCUAUGCACUCAUUGCAGCAACAGAAAAGAGCUUAUUGUUUUUUCUCAUUGCUUGUUGUUUUCAAGAUAAGGUGGCUGGUAGAUACAUGGGUCCAUUUGAUGUUUGUUUAUGCUCCUGAAGUCUUGCUUCCACAAUGCAUUUGAUGUGUUGAGGGGCAGUUCCCUUUUACUCUAAAUCCAUCUUCUGGCAAUUUUAAUUUCUUUAGCAACACUGAAAUGCUAUUAUUCUCCAUUGUGCAAAGAAAAUUAUAUAAGCACAUUUUUAGGAAAGCACUUGUUUUCUUUUCACAAGAGUACUUCACUUGUAACACUGAAGGUCACAUUAACAUGCUUUGGACUUGGGCAAAAGGUUUCAAGAAAGCCAAGCUAAAAUACAAAAAACUAUUAAUCCAACAAUAAAACUGGGAUGUGUAAAAUACUCCAUUUUGCAAUCUUACAAUGUACUGAAUAUUUUAAAAAUCUGCGUCAAAGGGUGUGGACUUCAUACAGAUGGAAAAGAGACUGUGAAUCUUCUAUGGUAGCAGGCAGAGCUGACAUCACAGACCUAUGCUCUUGGCCUUCAUAUCAGGGUGGCAGCUUGCAUUUUAAAAAUUGAUUUCUAUCACUUAAAGUUAGGAUAUUUUCAUCUAACAUGAACUUUUUAUGAAUUUUUCACCCUUAUAUUUUCACUUUUCUUCAAUUGGCCUGGAGUUUUAGAGCAGAUCUAUUGGAUUUGUCAGCAGAGAAUAUGACUUUUCAAAUUUAAUUUUUUUAUUAUGUUUGGAUGUGGUUUUUAUAUUCUAUCUAUGAAAUCAAGUUUGUGCAGUUCUUGAAAAGAGAAUUUGCUAAUUUUUGUGGUCAUUUCAAAGUUGGCUGAAGAGUGAAGAAUCAUAACUAUGAGAACUUCAGUGUUGUGAGUCUAAUUGGUCUCUCCAUUGUGCACAUAAAAUAACAUCUGUAUUAAUAUCACAGACGAACAUUUUCUUAAACUUAACUUCCAUUACUAUAGGUUUGCAAAAAAAGUGGAAGGGAAAAUUUUAUGAAUUCUUUUUUACACAUCUGUGUUAGAAUGGCUUUAAUAUUGCAGUAUUGUUGCUUAUUUGUGUCAUGGUAGUGCAAUCCUGUAAUAAUAAAGCUACAAAUGGGGAUCACUUCCCUUCUACUGUGAAUGACCUGGUGACAGACAAGAUUGAUUUUAGCAGGCUGUUCAGCUUUCAUGAAGGACCACAUCCCUAAUGAGUGACAAAUUUGAAAUAUUGGGUUAGGAAAAGCGCAGAGAAGACAUAGAGUAAGUCAUUAAAUCUGUUGAUUUUAAGAAGACUCUUUUCACAAAGGCUUUUCAUCAGAGGUUUACUGGCUCUAAAAUAAAUUUCACCUGUGAUGUGGAGUAAGCAGAUAGAAAUUUUCAUACCUGUAGUUGUCAGACAAGAAGUUACCUUUUCACAGGCAGACAUAAACUAAAGACCAUUACUAGAAAUAUAAGAAGAAUAUGAAAUGAAUGACUAUUCACAGUAAGUGGGCCAUUUUUAAUGCAGAAGUGUAAAAGCAGAAAGAUAGCUUGAUAUAUAAAUGACUAUACAUGUGUAGUAAAUCCUUACUCAUUUAAUGAACUUAAUGGUCUCUGCCUCAUUCCCCAUGGUGGAGCAGCAGCAGCUCCCAUGCCACAGUCUAAUGCUCCAUUUUGUUUUACACUCUGGAAUUCUACUUGCCAAAUUACAUACUCUUCUUUCCUUUUCUUUUUCUCACAUCAGGUGAUCUAGUGUGGGGUGUGUAGGUUUUGGGUGCUGUUCAGUUUUAAACUGUGGUUAUUCACAUAUUGCCUUAGAGUAUGCUGUUACUCAUCAUCUUUUGAGGGUUCUGAGCUAAGGAUUUUUACUCUUGCUUCUUUGAAUAAUGGACUUUUUUAAAGAACUUGGCUCUGGGGUCUUCGAAUUUCUUUACCUGCUAGGAUAUGUAGUUUUCUGUAGCUUAGUGCCAUGAUCAUUAUGCCUUUGUGUAGGAUUUAUAUACCCAGUUUUAUACCUAAGCUGAGGUGCUUUUUUUCAUCAUUUUAUUCAGUAUUUUUUUGCUGUCUGUUUUUAAUUUUACCUCUUCAAAAACUGAGAAACUCAUAGUCAUACUUUCCUAUUUGUCCUUGGUCCUGAGGAAAUGGUUAGAUUUUUCAGCUUUCUUUAGGGAACUGGUAGUACUAAAUAAAUAUAGACAAAUCUUCUGUCUUUCUUUGAAAGCCUUUUACUAGAAGAGAAAAUAGCAGUUUUCCAAGGCCUGCACGGUGCUUUUGAAAAUCUGACAAGUACAUAUCCUUUUAAAAUCCUCUCUUCUGUUGAGAGUUCACGGCCUUAAAGCAGAGCUUCUGUUGCUGUUAGAUAGAAAAGGAGGGAAGUCAAUUAACUGAGCCUGUGAAGAGGUAACCUGUAAAUUAAGUAUUCAUGUAGUCUGACCAUGACCAGAGCAGAUUAAUUUUGCUGAGACAAUUCCACAUUUUGGUGUUGAAAACAGUUCAAGAGAGAUGCUGUAAUUCAUGGAGGCCUGUGUACUGUGCCUUGGUUUGCAUUUCUCUAUUGUUGAUAUGCUAAAGCUAGUGCUGCUUUUCUAUUUUCACCACAUCUUUGGAAAGUGUCUUAUACUGGAAUCUUCAGUUAAUUCCAUUCAAAAAGUGCAGAUUCUGGUUCCAGAGUCGAGGGGGGAAGUUUAAAAUGGUGUGACAUGACUGGGUUGUUGUUUGCAUGUAUUCUUGGUUAGAUUUUCUCUGUCUAAUUCAUCUUUCACUCCUCAAAGGAUAGUUUUAGUCAGACCCUUGAUGGUUUGAAAUAAUUUUCAGACUUAUAAGUCAAAUACGAUGCCACUUUUAUUCACUGUUCAUCCUUUUGCUUGCAGUGUCAUUAAAUUUUGCUAAAAUAGUUGUGCCUUAAAGAUAUUGUUUAAACAACCUUUGAGACUAAUAGAAAUGUUUUUGUUAUUUGGUAACUGGAUAUUAAUUUAAUAGAAAUAGUAAUUUUGCCAUAUUUUAAGGACAGUAUUUCCUUAUCAAAAGCCUUUUUCUCUCCAGUGUUUCCUGUGAUCAGCAUGGAAAAGAAAGGCUCUGUAAAAUGUCCUUGAAUCUUGGGUGUCACUGGGAACGCUGUGUGUUUCUGAAAGCUGUUGGCAACCUUCAGGUUCUAAUUAAGACAGAUAUUUUUACAAAGAUCAACAACCAAUUAGAUGGAUGUAUCUGAAAGGAAAGGAAAUUGCUGUGUACAAGAAGUCUAAUAUUUUAAGAUCAGCAUUUUGCCAAUAUUGCCAUGCACACCCCACUACAGCAUCUCAGCUUGGUGGGUUUGCCCUUGGUGGCACUCGGGGCAGUGUCCUGCUUCCUGUGCUCAGUGUCAUCUCAAAUGUGAUGAUGCUUCUGGGUGUGUGAUCUGGAUAAAAAAAAGUUUAUGGAGUCCUCAUUAGCCAUGUUUACUUCAUAGUUAUUUAAGGAUUUUUAUUAUUAGAUAUUUUGAAAGAGAUCAGAGGAAAAUAUUUGGAAAUCAGAAUUAUGGGUUUUACCAAAUACAAUUAUAUAGAAAUGUGUGAUAUAUAGACUAUACCUGAAUAUAUUUAUAUAGGGAUAUGUGCUACCUGUGAACCUUUCUAAGGUAUGAUUUUAAGAGAAAAUCGCUUCUUUGAAAAACUGCAAGUAGGACCUUGAUUGAGAUGCCAGUUGGGAAGUUAUUUAGAAUUUUUUCCUUUGUUGCUCACAAGGGUUUUUUUAAUAGAGCUUUAUAAAAAGCUAGAACAGUAAAUCUUAUUUCACUGCUAGUCAAAUAAAAGAUUGAAAUUAUUGCCACUGAGUAAUAAUUAAUACAUACUCCACAGUCCUAACCAGGUGAGGACUCAGUGUUUUGAUUGGUUGCAUUGUAACUUUAUAAAAUAAUGCUGUUCUUGAGACACAUCUUUCUCCAUUGUCUCCUUUCAACGCGUGAGGUAUCAUCUUGAAAACCAUAUCUCCUUCAUCUGUUAUUUCUUUUUUCCCAUUGUUGGAUUGCCAGGUUUCAGCAGACUGACUUGUUUUCUCAUCAAGAUGCUCACUUUAUAUUUCAUUCUCAGUGUGUGAUUCUUCAUGAACUUUUUUUGUUAAUUACUUAAGAAAUCAGAUUAUCUAUGUUUUCCCUGAAAUUUUUUACCUUUUUGUAGAAAGAUGUACACACUUUUUCAAGGAGUGUGAUGAGCCCAAUUGGGAUGUCAAAUCAUUGCACAUCAGCUCUGCUCCUGUAGAGAAAAUUGCCCCUUUGCCAUUCCUGUGUUGGCUGAACUGCUGCUUCCUGUAUCUCAUGACACUUAUUUGUGUGUUGCAGUUCAGCAUUGACUUGUGCUUCCUCUGUGCUCCAGGAUAGCUGCCUGUGCCUUUGUCCCAGCAGUGCCUGUCCUGUGCUGGUGCAGAGCAGGCUCCUGCUGAGCUGUUGUUCAUUGCACAACUUUGCUGUUGCUCCUCUUGUUCAUUCAGACCCGUGUCUGAGCCACAGUACAGACCAGCCGGGCCACUGCACUCUGGGUAUUCCACAUUUCCUGCAUCCUGCCUUCAUACUUUGCUCUCCUUUAGUACCAAACUGAUUCUCAGAUCAUGCAUCAGCUUUCCUUUUAUGCCAAGCUGUGUGUUUGUCAGUGCCAAAGGAUAUUCUGCAGAACAUGAGUGCAGCCCAGUUUUAUUCCUGUUUUGAUUUUUUACUGCAUGUUUUUCAUUGCGUACUUUGGCUGGUCCAUUCUGUCUGGUCCAUACACCUGCCAGGAGAUUUUUAAUACCAUGAGCAAAAUGUCAGUCAGCUUUUGUCACAGUUUUCUUCAAUCCAGGUACAGAAAUUCUUUUGUAAAAAGCCAUACCAGAUUUUUAAUCAAUUUUUUUCAUAUUGAAGACCAGGUAAUUUAAUUUUUUCCUGCAGUGUAGAGAUAUGUCUUUUCCAAGAUCGAAAUAUUUAAACAGAUUUCAGCUUCCUAUCUCCAUGCUUUUGGGCCAACAGCUCUGGAUGCUUUAUAACUCUGGACAAGUUGCAGUUUCUGCUGCCCUAUUCAUGGCAAAUUGCACAUUCUGUUCUUGUGGGACAGGUCAAGCAAUUUUUGUUUCUUUGCUUUUUUUCAUAACUGAAAGGGGACCAUUUUUUAAUGCUGAUUCCUCUCAUGUUCCAGACAUCAGUAAAGGCUGUUUAGAUUAUUCUUUCAUUUCUUUGGAGUACAGAUAAUGGUAUCUCUUGCUGUGUCAAGAGGAUGUAAACCUUUAGUGAGAAACUUCAUGAUUUAUGGAGGCAACGUGCCCUUUUCUGUGUUCUAUUCUUUGGUUUCAGUCUGUCUAGGUUUUACUAUUUGAUUUGUCUUUUCAAUAACAGAAACUCACCUGACUUAUAGCUUUCAGCUUUAUUGGUUCCUCCUUACCACAAAUCAAAUUUAGGCAGGACUUUCACACUUUCUUUCUGUGGCUGUGCACUCCCCUACUCUCCAUGCUCCACUCACUGCCGCUUGCUCCUUUCUGUCACUUCUGGGCAUCCGUAAGAGCAAUCUGCUUCUGUCUUUUACCAUGGUUUAUCUGUAAGUGGGGCAGGUGUCUUAACUUGAUUGCAGCUCUUUCUUCAGUUAAGAUCAACUUUAGACCUACUUUUCUUACUUGAUGUACACCAGUAGAAAUGGCCUUAAAAUUAACUUAGGACUUAAAAUAGUUUCAAAAGCAUAAGUCUGAAUUUCUGCUUGGUUUGGGGUGUUUUAUAUCAGCUGUCAAGCCAUCAGUGAGUAAUGUGACUACAAGCAGGCUUUUCCAAGCAGGUCUUAUUAUUUGUUUUCAUUUUGUAGCUCAGGGUAGAAUAUUUCUAAAUUAUUAUUCUGCUAGGAAUUAGAAUAUUGAGGCUUUCACAUUUCAUAUUAAACUGCAUGCAUGCAUGAAAAUUAAGCUGUUCAGGGAAGUCAGCCUUUUCAGAGGGAUCUUGUCACAGGUUCCUAUUACCUAAGGUGUGAAUUUCACAAAUACUCAGAGAUUAUACUUAAUAUUUUACUGACCCAGGCCUGCCCUCAAAGCUGUCGUAUUUCAAACUGUUGAAAUCUUGGUCCAAACAAUGGAUUAUUUCCCUGUACAUGAAAUGGAAACCUAGGUGAAAAAAUCUUGUCUAAAAGCUGUAAGAAUGACUUAAAAUAUUUUUCUUGAAAAAUAAAUUCUUAUUCUCAGUUGAAUUGUGCUCUUUUGCCUAUGUGUAAAGCAUUUUGAAUGCAGGGUAAAUUUUAGGGGGAAAAAAACUACUUAAAGUUAGGCUUAGUGUUUUUAUUGGGGCAUUUAGCAUAAUUUUCAAAACAUUCAAAAUUAAUAAUUUAUUUUUUAAAUUUAAGAAAUGUAUU